UCUAUAUGUGGUUCUGAGUGAGGUGGCUGGGGCGACAGAGGCUGAGCGAAGGGAAAGGUAUAGGGAAAGAAACAGCACAGGACUUAAGGAAAAAUCUGUAUUUUUUUCUUUUUUUUACCCACUCUUACUUUUUAAAAUCUUGGCUACCUUUCACACUCUUGAAGAGAUUUAGCUCCUUGAAAUGUCGCUCAUCCUAACCGUGCUGGACAAGUUGGCUUAUUUUCUGUCUCUGAUAGCAUUUUGUGUCAGUGUGUCUUACAGCUGGCUGAAAUGAAUCUAGGCUCUUCUGUCAUAUCCACGAGGUCUGACAAUGACUGGAUGUUUUUCAGUGGAUAUUUAACGUUUUUCAGUGGAUAUUUAAAUGAUCCUGAGGUUUGGGGUUGAUUUAGGAUGGUUUUACUCAAAACCUGUGGACUCCUGACGCCUGAGUGUGUAACUGAAGACAGUGCCAAUGAUCACGAUGCCACAGUGGGGGAUCCUGAGACCACACCAUGUGUUUGCCCUGGUGAUGUAUGUUUCAGCCAGUGAGGACUUUGACUGGACAAAGAAUGAGAGAACAUCCUUCUAUUAUGGCACCUUCCCAACUGGUUUCUCCUGGGGAGCUGGCAGCUCUGCCUACCAGACUGAAGGAGCUUGGAAUAUAGAUGGAAAGGGAUUAAGCAUCUGGGAUGCAUUUGCCCACAAAAAGGGGAAAAUAUUCUUAAAUGAAACAGCAGACUCUUCAUGUGAAGGCUACUAUAAAUUCAAGGAUGACAUUGCCUUGAUGAAGGACAUGAAGCUGAAUCAUUAUCGCUUCUCCAUCUCCUGGCCAAGGAUUUUACCCAGUGGACUGAAAAGUGAACACAUAAAUGAGAAAGGAAUUAAAUAUUACAGUGACUUGAUUAACAUGCUACUGGACAAUAAGAUCACACCCAUAGUCACUCUGUACCACUGGGAUUUACCACAGAUGCUACAGGAGAGAUAUGGAGGCUGGCACAACAUCAGCAUGGUGAAUUACUUUAAUGACUUUGCCAACUUGUGCUUUGAAAGAUUUGGAAAUAGAGUCAAGUACUGGAUCACUUUCAACAAUCCUUGGUCCAUUGCUGUGGAGGGAUAUGAAACAGGUGAACAUGCACCUGGACUGAAGCUGAAGGGAACAGGAGCUUACAAGGCCGCCCACCAUAUCAUCAAGGCACAUGCUAAAGUAUGGCACACGUACGACAUGCAGUGGAGAAGCAAACAAAAAGGGUUGGUUGGAAUCUCGCUGACUGCUGACUGGGGUGAACCAGUGGACAUCUCCAACCAGAGGGAUAUCGAAGGGGCCGAGAGAUACAUUCAGUUCUACUUGGGCUGGUUUGCUACACCCCUCUUCCAUGGAGACUACCCACAGGUUAUGAAAGAUUACAUUGGCAGGAAGAGUGGCCAGCAGGGUCUGGGAGCUUCGCGGCUGCCCGUCUUCUCUCCUCAGGAGAAGAGUUACAUCAAGGGCACCUGUGACUUCCUGGGCCUUGGACAUUUCACAACUCGUUAUGUCACUCAGAAGAAUUACCCAUCAGGAGUUGGAGACAGCUACUUCUCUGAUCGUGACCUUGCUGAACUGGUUGACCCAUCCUGGCCUGAUCCUGGCUCUGAAUGGCUCUAUUCAGUUCCAUGGGGCUUCCGACGCUUGUUGAACUUUGUCAAGACCCAGUAUGGAAACCCCAUGAUCUAUGUGACAGAAAAUGGUGUGUCAGAGAAAAUGCUGUGCACUGACCUCUGUGAUGACUGGAGGAUGAAGUACUUCAAAGACUACAUCAAUGAAAUGCUCAAAGCUAUCAAAGAUGGGGUGAAUGUGAAGGGGUACACGGCCUGGUCUCUGCUUGACAGCUUUGAGUGGGAUGAAGGAUUCUCUGAGAGGUUUGGGCUCUACUACGUGGACUUCAGGAGCAAAAAUAAGCCACGCUACCCAAAGGCUUCUGUCCAGUUUUACAAACGCAUUAUCAGCUCAAAUGGAUUCCCCAAUCAGAGAGAGGUGGAGAGUUGGAAGAGGAAAGCUGCAGAGACUUGCUCAUCCAGUAACCAGCUGCUGGCUGCAGGGUUUUUCUUUGUUUUGCCCCUCCAGCUAGAAGAAAAUCAAAGGAAAAUCAGGAACUUGCAGGAAUGGAAAAGGCUUGGUCAAUCCAUGAUGAAGUUUAGAUCCACUGAUAGGCCACAUGGAGAUGGUAACAGAGAUUGUGGUUCCCACUGUGUGUACGCUCUGCAUCCUCAUCAGUGCAGUUCUCUUCAUGUUCCUGCUGCGCCGACGCCUGUGAGAAAUAUAUGCAGUCGCACUAUCAAAUCAGAAUUCAGUGGCCUUGUGACUAAAGAAAAUGAUCUGAGAAUGACUUCCAUGCUGUAAAUUUUGAUCCUGUCAUGAGCAUUCUGCUGAUUUAUCUGUCCUGCUGUUGCUUUGAAAAACAAAUGUUUUCAAGUUGUCAUAAAAAGUCCAAAGCCUGUCAUCACCAUGUGAGAAUGCAUUCAAGAUUAGGGCAUGAUUUUUCAUUAACCAGCUGACCUUGUGUGGUUUCUGAUGUAGCUUUCAGAUUUAUUAGCUACCCAAGUUAAACAUAGAGAUGGCUUGGCUUACUGUCAGUAUGUUUCUAAUGAGAGUGAUGGGGAGAAGGUGUUGUCCAUGCUGUGGCUCA